AUGGAUGGCACUCGUAGUGGAGUUCAGGUUGGAGAAAACAAGUUCAUCAGCAAGGCAACCAUCCUCUCGCAUCUGAAAACAUACAACAUUUACUAUGAAGGACAGAAUCUACAACUCCGGCACAGAGAGGAAGAGGGGGAGCUGAUUGUUGAGGGCCUGUUGAACAUCUUUUGGGGUCUCCGGCGACCAAUCAGGCUUCAGAUGCAGGAUGACCACGAGCGCAUCCGACCGCCUCCUUCCUCCACAUCCUGGCACUCGGGUUGCAUUCUGGACAGUCAAGGUUCCCCAAACAGCACAGAUGGUCAACAAGCACCUCAGGCAGCUCCGCCGAUGGUGCAGGUGACGCCGCCAGACAACCAAUCAGAAGACAACGGCGUGAUGGAGCAACACACGGAAGAGGACAGUGAGAAUUCUGCUCAACUCCUCAGAACGAAGAGUGACGCCGGGGUACUAAGGCGAGUCCACCGCCGCUCCCCUAGCGACCAGAGGAAGAUCCGUCGCCAUCGCUUCUCCAUCAACGGUCACUUCUACAACCACAAAACUGCUGUGUUCACGCCCGCUUUUGGGUCAGUGACCAAUGUUCGCAUCAACAGCUGCAUGACAACGCCGCAGGUGCUGAGAGUUCUCCUCAACAAGUUUAAGAUUGAAAACAGCCCUGAUGACUUCGCACUCUACCUCGUCCAUGCCAGUGGAGAGCGAGUGAAGCUGAAGCGCAGCGACUUCCCUCUGGUGUUGAGAGUCAUGCAGGGUCCUUGCGAGCAAGUGUGCAAACUCUUCCUCAUGGAGGAGGACUUGGGAGAAGAAGUCACUUAUGACGUGGCGCAGUACAUCAAGUUUGAGAUGCCCGUGCUGCAAAGCUUUAUCAUCAAGCUUAAGGAAGAGGAGGACAGAGAAGUGCAAAAGCUGAGGAGAAGGUACAAUGUCCUUCGCUGCAUCAUAGAGAAGCAACUGGGCUGCCUGCCAGAAGGUCCCGAGUGUAUGUGA